AUGGCAAAGACGAAGCCUUGCUUUAGCCUUAGCUUACCGUGCAACCGCAUGAUCUUCGUUGAUUCGGUGGCACGUCAUACCGGCUAUCUGGAAGUCGCUUGUUUCACAGGCCGGCCGGCCGGCCAUCCGGUGACCAAGCAACUAAGAACCACCCCGGAAGAAGUGCCGUCGUGCUGCCACUGCUGCGGUCAGCUGCAAGCCGACAACCCGAUGGAGUUGGAAACCCCUUGGCGCCGGGACUUUAAGGUCCAUUCAAAACUGAACGAUGAUCAGGUGAACGUUCUGACCACCCAAGGUCGAAUCUUCAACUUCCUAGAACGACCCGUCGGCUUCCGUUGCUAUUUCUACCACGUCUGCAUGUAA